AGCAACGACCAAAACCGUUCGUUGCACUAUCUGUUUCUCAGCAAUCUUCAUCGUUCUCACGAGCCUCUUGAGCUACCACAAAGCCAGCCUGUAUCCGUGCGGAUAGUAUUGCAGCCCUCUUGAAGGAGGUGAGCGCAUGAUGACCCUGCCGAGGCGUAUAGUAUUCGACUGUGGUGUCACAACGAGACAGCACGCUGCCAGAACAGUCAGCCUGCGCGAUAUUCUGAACGAGCCUCAACGAUCUUGUCUGAUCGAGCAGAGACCGCGAGAGCAGUUUCGGUCAGACCAUAGACUACGAGCAUCAUCAGAAGAUGCCUUGCAAGUCACAUCCGCUGGCCAGCAGCGAGACACUACGGAAUGCGUUGAGCAUCUCUACAAAUUGCUAAAAGGCGAUAAUCAGAUAUUUGUACCAUUUGGGUUCAUUCUGGCCAGCGUUACAUGUCCAUAGCGUAAGCCAUACGCACGAGAGCCCUUUCAGAGGUUAGCUUGUGUAACACUAUUUCGCCGCGCGGGGACGCCACCUGUUCUUACGGUAGAUGGAACUCGUUUGCUAUGGCAAGGUGGGCAAGUCUUCAGUACAAAUCUGCUUUGGCUUUUUACGUUACCGGUAAUACAUGUUGGUUGCGUCGGCUACAAUAUGAUGAGAGUAUUGUCAAGCUUCUGAGGAAAAGCAAUCGCCUUCCAAUCGAAGGCUAAAGUCUGGUGUUCGCUCAUGUACGAAUCCUGCAUAGCUUCGCACGUCGCACUGGAGCGCCGGAGGAAGCUCGUUCCGGUGCGCCAAUCUGGCAUGACAUCUUGCACUGUUUGUGCAGAGCGUCCACGCGAGCCGACAGUCGCGUGCUGGCAGCUG